ACAAUGAGAGGGGUCUUGAAAAUGACCUGGUUUCUCAUAGGAUUAAAUUUCGGCCUGGGGUAUAUCAAAAAUAAAUGCUAUUGCCCUGGGGACCCAGAGCUUGAUGAAAAUCUGCAAAACCAGACCGCCAUUUUGAGAACACAGAUAGAACGCACCAAUCUGAUAAAACCAGUAAAGACUCCAACUGGACUACCUCCCAUAGAUGUUCUAAAGAUUAUGUUCCCUGAAUUAAAUGAAGCUGAUCUUCUUGCUCUUACCAAAGAACAGGUAAAUGCUAAAAAUGUUGAAAAUAUUGCUGCCCAACAAGGUAUCCUUGGCAUUACAACUCAAGCGACUCAGCCUCCCUUGACUUCAACCGUUGCUGGUGCAAAUGGAUCUACAGUUGCAAGUGCAACUGGUACUACGAUUGCUGGUGCUACUGGAACUACAAUUACUGGUGCAACUGGAAUUACAGUUGCUGGUGAAACUGGAACAACAGUUGCAAGUGCAACUGGAACUAUAGUUUCUGGUGCAACUGGAAUAACAGUUGCUAGUGCAACUGACACUACAGUUGCUGGUGCAGCCAAUACUACAGCUGCCACAACAUUGGCUAGACGGAAACGACAAGCAACAGAAACUGCCACAACAGCAUCUACAACUUUAGGACCAACUACAGCCCCUCCUCCGAAAGUAUCUCCAACUUUGAGCUUGGAAAUGGCACCAGCAACUUUGGAUGGAAUUAAAGUUUCAAAUGCAAUAACAGGAGCUGGAAAACUUUGCACUUGUACAAAUACCACAACUAGAUUUAGAAAGAAGUUUGUCACAAACAUUCCAUGGAGUGAUGAUCUAGCAAACAUUAGAUCUUCAGCCUUUCAGACUGCAAAGGAGAACGUUGAAACAAAUUUAAGUUUUGUGUACAGCAAAAUGCCUCUGUUUGGAGGUGUUUAUGCCCUCUAUGCAUUCCCCUCAACAGAUCUACCAGAUGUUGGUACACCUACUGUAGCACCUGGCAGGAAAAAGAGGAGUGUUACUGCUGCUUUUGAUACGGAAUUUCUAAUUGUUUCAAAUACUUCAAAAGUAUCGUCCCUGGAUGCCUUUGCUCCUGCACCUAAUACCACCACAACAUUAGCUGAUAUUGGAUACACUGCUGUAAAAGGAGAAGCUGCCUACUGCAAUGUUUCCUCAAUUCUGGUUUAUAAGCCACCAGCACACCUGCAACUUACAACAACAACCCCAUUGGUUCCUGUUGGGUGGCCUGCAGAGUAUAUUUGUGCAGGACCAACACAGGUCUUUGAUAGUUCAAGUCCCUACUUGGAUCCAGAUGGCAAUGGAAAGUUUGCAGUAGUUUGUGGACCAAAUGCUGUUUUUGAUAAACCUGUAUGGCCAAAAGCCAUCGAUUGUUUGACCCCUCCAAUGUGUACUGAAUUUCCUAACCCACCAGAAGAAAGCAUGAUUAAAAUUCCAACACAGUCAGUUGUUGUAGAUGACACCACCAUCAGGGCAAAUGUUCUUGCAGGAUCAUCAUUGUACUACACGUGCAGAAACCCAAAAGCAAUUUUCAAGGAUGGAACAGGAAACGUGAUUGAAUCAAAAUGUCCAACCUAUGUACCUCCAACAACAGCACCAGUUUCAAAUAACACCAACGGUACUACUGUUGCUCCAACAACUUCUGGUCCUAUCCAGCCUAUUCUAUCAGUUAAGGAGAUAACAUCUUGGCCGACUUGUAUAAAUCAGUGUGAAGACUGGCCUGUGAUUAGCCCAACAUUAGGAGGACUGUCCUUGGUGGGAGAUGAACAAACUAUGAAAGUUUAUGAAAACAUGAAUGUAACCUAUGCAUGUCCUCCAAACUCAUUGAUGAUGGAUGGAAAUACAUCCAUAACCAUUACUUGCACUGAUAAAGGAUUUCAAAAGCUGAAAACUUGGCCAAAAUGUUUGGCAAUUUGUGAACCCUCUGCAAGCAAUCCAACAGUUCCUGCAGAAUUCCAAGGGCAAUAUGUUCCUUGCAGUUUUGUUAACUCAGAAUGUCUUACACAUGAUGAAAUGGUAGCAAAGUUUCGAACAACAACUACUCCUGUCACCACACUUGCCCCAAGUACCACUAAAGCUGCAACUACUGUAGCUACUACACUUGAUCCUAACACAGAAACUUCUACAAUAGCAGCUUCAGCUAUUGAUGCUUCUGCUACAACAACAGUCCUGGCAAGAAAGAAGAGAGAACUUCCCAAUCCAAAUGUUCCCUUUGGGAUUAUUUACCUUGAAAAUGAUUUCAUGGUCUUUAAAUGCAAGGAUCCAACAUUUGGAAUGCCUAGAACAUUUUUAAGGGUGAAAUGUUUAAACACUGGUAAAUUUAACCCACCUCCCGUGUGGCAAAAGUGCACACUGAUAACAACUACCACUACCACAACUACAACUACCACAACAGAGGAUCCUUUUUGUUCCAAACCAACCAUAAACAAAUAUGCUAACUUUCUGAACAAAUGUGUUUGCCGAAUGGAUAAAUGUCUCCAAGAUAGAAGAAACUUGUUGCCAGAUCCCUAUCAAAAAGAAAAUUUUAAGGACUGCCCAGUCUAUGCCCGCAGAACUAUUAAUAAUGUUACUAUAGAUCUUCACUGGAUGUUUGCUGGAUGUCCGACUUCUGAAGAUCCAGCAGCCGACAAGAAAGCAGAAAAGUUUGAUGUUAAUACUGGCACUGGAGAUAUGUAUUCUUCUGAUCUUGGUGAUCAUGUGGAGUUUCGAAAAGAUAUUGGAUGUGUUCUAAGAAAAGUUCAGAACUCUGUUUAUUCACCUCCUGGAUCAACACCAACAGCAUCUACUCAAUGUGCUGAUCUGGCAACUCUUGCCCAAGCUUUAAUUGAUGCUUCCAACACAGAAAAUAAAUUUGUUAGAAAUAUUAAAGCAAAUGAGCAAAGAAUCAAUACAAUUCUAAGUUUGAAUGUACAAGUAGGAGGCUGCAUGGGAGAUGCUACACUUGAAGGUCUCAAAACAACACUGCAAACUCUGAUGAAAGAUCAGAAAAUAUUUCUUGAUGGUAUUGACAACCAACUGAAGGUUGAUAGACCUAUGUGUCCUACUUUGCCUCCACCAACUACUGUUGCUUCAAACUUAUCAAUAACUAAUGCAACUGGAUCAACUACUGCUGGAAGUGUAUCAACAGCUGCCACAUCAUCUUCUGUUACCACUCCUGCUCCUGUGACAGAUCCUUGGGCUCAUUUAUUGAACAUAUCUUCUUGCAUUGAGCCAUCAACUACUACAGCAGCUCCUUCUAGUUCUUCCACUGCAGCACCAAGCUUAGGACGACGAAGAAGAGAAAUAAGGGUAAAACGAGAAAUCCAGAAUAUUUGUGAUCCAGAGAUAGUAUUUGGUGUUCUUAUUAAGAAGGCUGUUGCAUGGAGUUGGACUCUUGACCUUGAAUACUGCAAUUGUGGCAAUGCAUCUGAAGCUUUAAACAAUAGUUUUCAUACUCCUGGUGACACUUCUAAGGGGAACUAUUAUCCAGGAGAUAUGUAUACCUACUAUGCGAUCAGUGAAACAGCUUGGGAUGGAGCACUAGAGAGCGACAGAACUCCUUUGUAUAAACUCUGGCAACGGUCUAUCAUGAAUGAGAUUCCACUUUUAGUCAAGAACUCGUGGAUUGCAGCGGAAGUAAAACCGGAAGUUAAUUUCGUCGAUUUUGUGAAAUCUGAUCCCGGCGGUUUCAUCUCAGGAAAGUUCAAUCUCACUUUUAGGCGACCUCAUAGCGACAACCCAGAAAGGUUCAUAUCUGCUAUGGAAGAAGUGUGUGCCCGUUAUGAGAAGCUGAAUGAGACCAGAGGAGUAUUUGAUGAGCUGUUCGCAGGAUACCAAAAGAGAAUAUAUACGCAUCAUGUACUUGAACUGCGUAGCCUUGAACCGGAACCAGAAGAGGAAGUGACAGCAUCAGCUCUUGUUGAUGAAGAUAGAGAAUUAACUCUUGAAGAAAAGCAGGAUAAGAUCAAGGCAGAGAGAGCUAUUGACGAACCACUCAGGAUUGUUCUUUUACCUAUUGGAUUAGUGCUUCUUCUUGUUCUUUUUGGAGUUCUUACUUUCAAAACAAGAGCAUGCUCACUCAAAACAUGGUGCAAAUAAGGAGGAGAAGGAGGAGAAGGAGGAGAAGGAGGAGAAGGAAGAGAAGGAGGAGAAGGAGGAGAAGGAGGAGAAGAAGGAAAAGGAGGAGAAGAAGGAGAAGGAAGGAGAAGGAGGAGAAGGGAAAUGACCUGGAACUAUAUUGCUCAGGACUUGAAUAAUGUAAUAUUGUCAGCGCGGAAUAUUUCUGUAACAUAUUGUAGCUUAUUUAUUUUAGAUCUUUCAUGUUAAUAUUAUAAAAUAAUAAAUAUAAUAUUUUGUAAAAAUUGAUUU